AUGAAGCUCUCCGCCAUUGCCACGCUCAGCGUUUCCGCUCUCCUCUCAUCGUCUCAGCUAGUCUCCGGCUAUGCCAUCAACGGAGACAGCGUCAACUGCCGCUCCGGUCCUGGCACCAGCAACAGCGUUGUCCGCACAUACAGCCGUGGUGACGACGUCACUCUCUCCUGCCAAACCGAAGGCGAGACAAUCAGGGGCGACUCCCUGUGGGGCAAGACCCAGGACGGCUGCUAUGUUGCCGACUACUAUGUCCAGACCGGAACCAGUAACUAUGUUGUUGACAAGUGCGAUGCGUCCGGUGGUGACCCUGGAACCCCUGGACCCUCUGGCAACACCAACCCUGGGUCGGCAGGUCCAAUGGCUGAUGACUACCCGUACAACGGCAACUGUGACAUUGUCGACAAGUGGCGGUACUACUCAUGCCAGUGUGUCAGUUUUGUUGCCUGGCGCAUUAACUCGCGUCUGGGCAUCGAUUUCCACAACCGCUACAAGGGCAAUGCAUGGGGCAAUGCCAACCAGUGGGAUGACGCAGCACGCGCCUCGGGAGUCACGGUUAAUGACACGCCAGCCCCAGGAGCAGUGGGCCAGACUGACCGCGGCAGCACAUACGGCCACGUCGUGUGGGUCUCCAGCGUCUCGGGAGAUAUGGUCACCAUUGAAGAAUACAACUACAAGCGCCACAAGUACGGCACACGCACUGUCCACAAGAGUGCAUUCAACUAUAUCCAUCUCAAAAACUAAAGCAGCUGUUCCAUAGCACACCAGUAAUACAUCUUCAGCAAACAUUUGCUUCUAGCGUAUAUAUCUCCAAUGGCCAGCGCAUGUCGUAUGGUAGCUACU